AUGGAGCCCCCGGACGCGAUGGACGCGAUGGAGAGGGGCGGCGCGACGUCGCGGAAGGGUGGCGGCGGGAAGGGCGGCGGCGGUUUCAGUUUCGGCGACGGCGGAAUCGAAAAGACCAAAUCGCAGCAGAAGGGCGCCGCGCGCGCGGCGCGGUUCAUCCAGAUGCCGUGCCCGGACGUCGACGGGCGAAGAACGGUGAACACGUACGACCCGGAGGCGCACAGGAUCGUGUCCGUGUGGGCGGCGAACUACGUCGUGUUGAUGACGGACCUGGUGCCGACGCGGUACGUGGAGGACGACGGGCGAAUCGUCGAGCACUUUCCCACGGACGCCGUGGAGGACAUGUUCGAGUCGCUCUUCCCGGAUGACUUCCGCGGGAUCAUCCCGGUCUUCGACCACCGCCCGACGGACCGUCUGCUGGACAAACGCGACGAGCUGUAUAACACCGUGGUGAAGCUUCGAAGGAAAGAGGCGGGCAAAUACCAGACGCGGUACACGAAGCGAGAUUGGCGCGUGUUGACCGUCGUGGACGCCGCCGUCGACGAUUUGAAAAAAUGCGAACGCGAGAUCGUGAUCGCGCGCGAGGCUGCGCUGUCCGGCGAGCCCGGACCGUCGUGCUUCUGCGUGUUCGCGACGCAAAAGGCUGCCGCGGAGGCGGCGCAGUGCCUUCUUCACUCCGGCUCGCGCCGCAACUUCCCCGCGCCCGGCCCCGAUAACGUCAACUGGCAGACGUUGAUGACCGUCCAAGCACAGCAAACGCCGCGUGUUCGUCAUCAUGCCGUUCGUGUUCUUGCUGAUCAUCUUCCCGUCGAGCAUCUUCACCGUGGGACGACGUACACGACGCAGCAGCAGUUGGGAUGUUGCUUCCGAUCACCUCAAACUUCUUCCUCGUCUUCGUCGUCUUCCGAGCGAUAUACACGCCGAUCCAGCGACUCAUACUCCCUCACCCGGGGAUCAUAUGCUGGGCCGUGCGCAAAUAUCUGUGCUUCUUAGGUGCGCGGUGACGCCCCGCGACCGGACCGUCAAGUACUCCCCUCGCGGCGUUCGAAUGGGCCGAGAGGUUGGCGUGUUCAUGAUGAUCAUCAUGCUCGGCUUCACCUUCGCGUGAGCGCGCCCAUACUCGCCCCGGUGUGCCUCUUAUUCUUCAUCGCCAACUUCAUCGUGUGGCGGUACCACGUCAUGUACGUCUACGAGCGCGGGUACGAGAGCAGCGGCUCGAUGUGGUUCACGGUGUGGUUCCCAGGGUUGCUGCUGUACGCCACGGUGCCGUAUUAUCUGUACCGGUAUAACCUGUCGCUGAGGAAAGAGUUCGGGAACGGGAGCGGCUGGAGCGUGCCGUUGGGCGAGGCGGCGAAGGCGCCCCCCGCGGAUUUCACCGCGGAGAUUUACACGCACCCGUCUGCGGCCGGCGGCGGCGGGGUGGAACCCGGACGUCGGGAAGAUCUGGCGCGGGUACCCGGGCGUUG